AGUAUGUUUGUCUGAUUUGAUUAGAAGUCAACUUGGAGAGAAAGAAGAAUCAAAAGCCUUUUCUUGUGUGACUCACAUUCUUCCUUAUUUCUCAAUCAUAAAAGGCUUCAACCACCAGACCAGAGCAUGCAGCCAUUAAACAAACCUUCUGUUCUCUCUGUCCUUUAAAACUCUUUCAGAUUUUCACUCUCUGUUGCAUUACUUGCAGUUGCAGGCCCUUGUGGAUUUAUAAGCAAGCCAUGAUGAAUAAAGGGACGCCACCGCCACCAACAACAACAACUACGACAACAAGAAAUGAAUGCAAGCCUACUGACAUGUCGCACUCCACAACCCCAUCUCGCCUCAGAGCUUCCCCUAAAGCCACCACCACCAACACCAACAAGGAAGCAAAAACCAACCGGGUAUCGUCGGCUAGAGCAGCGCCAAAGUCAGCGCCACCCCCUGCAAGGAGGCAUCUUGUCCUGAAUAAGCCAAAAUCAGGAGAGGAAGUUAUUGUGGGUCGCACCGGAAACAAUCGUCAGGUUGUGGAGCAAUUCGCUCGGCCGCGGCAGCGGCGGCCGUUGGAUCCCAGCUGUAGGAGAAACGAAAACGAAAACGAAAACGAAGACGACCCAGAUGGGAAAUGCAAGGAUUUGUUGCAGAGCGAGACUUUGAUCCAGAAUUUGCAGUCCGAGGUGUUGGCCUUGAAGGCAGAGUUGGAUGAGACUCAGAGUCUCAACGUGGAGUUGCAGUCGCAGAACAAGAAGCUCACCCAUGAUCUUGCUGCUGCUGAAGCAAAGAUAGUAGCUUUUAGCUGUCGUGACCACCAGAGGGAGGAGUACCAGAACCCUAAAUUUAGAGACAUUCAGAAACUCAUUGCCAGCAAAUUGGAAUUCUCAGUUGUGAAAAAGGAGCCAAUGAAUGAGGCAAGUGCUAUUCAAACACCAUCACCACUUGUAGCAAUACGUCCAAUUCCCAAAUUCAUGGAUGUAGAAAGAAAGUCUCCACCCUGUUUGUCCAUGCCACCACCUCCACCACCACCCCCCCUACCUAGGCCCACGGCUAGAGCGGCUACCACUCAAAAGGCUCCAGCACUUGUAGAAUCUUAUCGCUCAUUGACAAGGCAAGAGGGGAGGAGAACCUCUUCAGGAUCAGGGAACCAUAAUAAACCAGCAGCUAUUAGUGUACAUACAAGCAUAGUUGGAGAAAUUCAAAAUCGGUCAGCUCAUUUGUUAGCUAUUAAAGUAGACAUUGAAACUAAAGGAGAGUUCAUCAACAGCCUUAUCCAGAAGGUGCUGGCUGCAGCUUAUACAGAUAUAGAAGAUGUCCUAAAAUUUGUAGACUGGCUUGACCAUGAACUGUCAUCUUUGGCUGAUGAACGGGCUGUCUUAAAGCAUUUUAAGUGGCCAGAGAGGAAAGCUGAUGCCAUGAGAGAAGCUGCCAUUGAAUAUCGUGAGCUUAAACUGUUAGAAACUGAGAUUUCUUCUUAUCAAGAUGACACUAACAUUCCAUGUGAAGCUGCCUUAAAGAAGAUGGCCAGCUUACUAGACAAGUCGGAGCGGAGCAUACAAAGGCUGAUCAAGCUACGAAACUCAGUUAUGCGUUCUUAUCAGGACUACAAAAUCCCGACUGAUUGGAUGCUUGAUUCUGGAAUGACAAGUAAGAUAAAGCAGGCCUCUAUGAAUCUGGCUAAGAUGUACAUCAAAAGAGUGUCAUUGGAGCUUGUCUCCAUUCGGAAUUUAGAUAGAGAAUCCAGUCAAGAAUCUCUUCUGCUCCAGGGCGUGCAAUUUGCAUAUAGAGCUCACCAGUUUGCUGGAGGUCUCGAUCCAGAAACAUUGUGCGCUUUUGAAGAGAUAAGGCAACAAGUUCCAGGACAUUUUGGAGGGUCUCGAGCACUGUUGGCUGGCAUAAAAUCAUCGUAACAUGCAAUGUGAAUAUUAUGAGAAUUAGCAGUUAUGUUACCUCGAAUUAGCCACAAAUAUUUCUUUGUUAUCUUCAAUCUAUUGUAUUAUUAUUCAUCAAUCCAA